GUCAUCAUCUUCUUCCUUCAUCCUCUUUUUAUUUUAUUUUUUAUUUCUGAAAAACAGGAUUCUCCAAAGAACCCACCCAAAAUUUUAAUCUCUCCCAUUAUAACCACCUCUCUCUUUCCGGUCUGUCCCAAGAUCCAAUUACUAGAAGAGAAAGAGAUUCCUUCGCCGUCCGUUGACUGCCACUUUGCCAGAAAGGGUUUUAAAGAUAGAUCUGAGGAAAUUAAGUUGGGUGAGAGGAAUAAUUAGUGGGCGUUGUUCAAGAGGCUGUCAUGGAGAUGGAAGUUGUUGGGUUCCGCUUUCAGGUUCAUCGAUGAUCUUCAUCCCCAUUUUCUUUCCAUGGAGAGCCCAAAUUUUGGUUCUCAAAAAUACCCGAAGUGGGUCCAGCUCAAAUCCAAGGAAUCGAAUCGGAUUCUUGUGCAAGUGUCUCCUAGUUUCGUACCAAGUUCGAUAGACUACUCGAACUGGAACAUUGGGGAUUUUUUCGAUGGAUGUGCCAAGAAGUCAGAUAUAUGCAACAAGAAUGGGAAGACUGAGGGCUUCUUGAGGUUGAUAUAGUUACAAUUUCUUACUUUCCCUGAGUAAAAUUUAGUACUUUACAAAGUAAUUAUGUAUUCUUUUCUGAGGGGGACUACAUUUAGAAUUUGUCAAACAGAGAAUUCUGAAUUUUAAGCUAGCAGCAUUUAAUUCAUGUUUUUGUUUGGAAAAUAUUUUGAUUAAUGGAAAAGAAAAACUAGCUCGAAAU